AUGAACGGAACUGAGGAGCGAACCAAACACGAGGGAGCAGAGAGCAGCGCGACCCAUGUCCCUCUGAACACAUCUCAAUCUGCCAUCAGCGGCCAUAGAAAGGUCAUCAUCAUCGGCGCUGGCUCGGCAGGUCUCGCGCUGGCCCAUGGAUUGAAAAAGGCCGGAAUCCCUUUUGUAAUUUUUGAAAAAGAAGAAGAACCGAAUCGCAAACGAAGCUGGAGUAUAGCACUGCACUGGGGCUAUGAGCCGUUGCAAUACCUCGUACCCGCGGACAUUUUGGCUGGACUCGAGCAGGCACAGGUUGACCCGCACAUCUCUAAUGCAGAAAAUGGUCCACUCCCCAUGAUUAAUGGUGAGAAUGGAGCUCUGAUCGCUGAGCUCCAGUCGUCCAAAGUGUACCGCCUGCGCCGAGACAAAUUCCGGGCACUGUUGCUCCAAGGCCUCGACGUGCAUUGGGGGAAGUCCCUCUGUGAUAUUAUUUACUCUGAUGCCGGCAAACACGUCACUGCGAAGUUCACAGACGGCACAGAAGUCACUGGUAGUCUUCUAAUUGCCACCGAUGGUCCGCAUUCGACUACCCGUACACUGCUAGUUGGAGAGCAAGCUGCCAAAGUCACGCCGACUGAUUUCGCCUCGACCAUCUGUUACACCCAGCAUACGCGAGAGCAUGCCAUAUUCUUACGUACUCAACCCCACCAUCCGUUGUACCAAGUGGGUCUUCAUCCCGAGGGUUAUUGUGCUUGGUUAAGCCUCCAUGACGGGGACGAUAUCGAUCACCCGGAGAACUGGACUUUCGCCCACUACAUCUCCUUCCCAGAACCACGCGACCAUGUCAAUAAGCGAACUAUGCGAGAACAUGUUGCACACCAGAAGGAGUUGGCCCGUCGGUUUGUCGACCCCUGGCGCAGUGUCUUUGAGUGGAUGCCCCCCCGAUCACGAGGUCUGGGCCGGGUAACUCUAGCAGGUGAUGCUGCUCAUCCGAUGACUUUCCAGCGUGGCCAGGGGCUCAACCAUGCUAUGAAGGACGCUUACACCGCAUGUAAGGCAAUUGAGUCAUUCUGGAACAGUGGUGAUUUCACCAUUGAGGAACGUGCCGCGGCUAUACAGGCGUACGAGGAGGAGAUGGUCAUGCGGACAGGCGAGGAGGUUCGUUUAAGCGAGGAAAGCACGGUAAAGCUGCAUGAUUGGUCAAGUGUUAUGCAAAGUCCAUUGACAAAACAGGGGCUGGGAGUCAAGAUUAAGUAG